AUGAGUCACAACUACAAGCCAUCUAAUUGACAGCUAAAAUUCAAUUAAUCAUAAUUCAAUUCCCCAGCUAAUCCAUGUCCAACAAAAUAAUAAAAAGCAAAUAAAUAACAACGAACCAUAUUCUAUUUAUUCUAUUUUAUUAGUAAAAACGGCCUAAUUAUUUGUGAGUGUGAUAGUGAUGGUACCAGUGUAAAAAGACACGAUGAGUGGGUUGGGCCCCCCUGGUGUGUGGGCUGCACAGAAACGGCUGGAGUCAUGGGCCCGGGCCGCACGGGAGAGGACAUCGAGUGCCAGUAGCGGUCAAAGUCACAACUCUACUGACAGCUUUGGUGAUGACAAAUCACAUGGCAGCCCAAAUGAGAUGCUGAUACCCAAAGAGCAGUGCCGCGUGCAGCCCCUGGCCACCGAAGGCAGGGCGGCCAGUUCCCUGCCUCACGCCAGGCUUGCUAGGACGCCAUCCAUAUCUUCGCAGAGCAGCCUUGACAGCGGGACCUCUAGAGCUACUAGCCACCGUGGAUCUUCACCAGCAAUACGCACAUUCGCCCCUGAUGGCCGGACGUUAGAGGCGGGGGCGUGUGGGGCUCCCCGUUCCCCUUCACCGCUUCGUGCCGCUUCGCUCGACGUACGCGCAGCGCCGCUAGCGCACGGAUCCUUGGCAUCAUUGGCUGAUACUCCGACGCCUUCAAGUCCAAGGCACGCACCACCACGAUGCCUGUCGCCGCUUCUGAUGCCACCAAGGCGGAUAGAUCGCAGCAACUCUUUAGUAGAAAGCAGCAGUGGAGUAGGACCACUGAGUCCUGGAGCUAGUGCAGCCAUCAGCUCGCUGGGAGCCCUGCAGCCAGACCUGUACACCAAACGAGAGGCUCCCCUUGUGAUAGAACUGGAAGGAGCCGGCCCAUCCCUCGGCAGGAUCCACUUACGCCUGAAGUACGACUUCGAUAGAUCGGAUCUUGAAGUGCAUCUUAUUGAAGCUCAUGAUUUGGCGGGCUACGAGGCUGGGGGAUUCAAUGACCCUUACGUGCGGGUCACCUUACUCCCCGAAGUGGACACCCGAGUCCGCCAGACCCCGGUGCAUCGGAACGAAGCCAACCCAUUCUUUGACCAGCACUUCAAGUUCCCUGUGUCGCACGACGAGUUAUCUGACAAGACGUUGCUACUGCAAGUUUUUGAUUAUGACAGAUUCUCUCGCAACGAGGUGAUGGGGUCCGCGAAGGUGCCACUCUCCCGUGUCGAAGUAGCGGGAGGUGCCGAAGUAUGGGCCGAACUGUCCCGAGAGCGACGUCCACCAGAGGAACUGCAAGAGCUGCUGUUGUCUCUUUCUUACCUACCAUCGGCUGAGCGACUUACUGUCGUCGUGUUGAAGGCUAGGAAUCUGUUGCCACCCCAGGAGGGGAAGGAUGCUUUAGAUGUGUAUGUAAAAGUAUACUUGCUGGUGAAUGGGAAGCGAGUGAAAAAGAAGAAGACUAACAGAAAAGAGAUCAACAACCCUGUGUGGAAUGAGGCCUUGUCAUUCAGCCUGCCGUCUGCUAACCUUCAGGAGGCAUCGAUUGAGGUAUGCGUGGUGAGCGGCGGUGGCAGCGGCCUGGUGGUGGGUUGGUGCUGCGUGGGCGCGGCCGAGCCCGCCGCGGAGGGCCGCCACUGGGCACAGAUGGCGCACGAGACGCGCAAGGCCGUCGCCAUGUGGCACACCCUCAGAUAGACUCCCAAGCACUCUCCUUCACUCGUCUAGUUUAUCCCGGACCGAUGCAAUACUAAUCCUUCUGUAGAUACUGUUCACUGUUGUCUAGUUAAUGCUGUGACGCCCUUCUAAGACGGGACCUAUUAUGUACCUAACUUUAGAGAGCUAUUGAUUCAUUUGUCAGUGAAAAUAAAACAUUAUUUGGGUAUGCAAAACUUAGUCUGCCGUGUGCUUUGUGGGAUUCAGACUUGUUUUAUUUUCACAGACAAGACCCAAACUCUUUGAUCUGGGGCACAUCUUACAAUUAUUCUGUGGGUACAAAUCAUAAGACCGCCCCUCCCCUUUUAGCUGUUUGACGUCAUUGCUGUACCAUUUACUGUGUAACUUGUCUGUAUCAACUGUUGUAGAGAUUUCCUUGUAACAGCAUGCCUAAUCUAUACAUUAACUUUACACUAUAUUACUUAAAUACUUCACCGCAGAGCCUAAGUUUGCUCAAAGGAACAAUAUAUAAAAUGUUGUCGUUAUCAAAUUUUAUCACUGUUUAGAGCAAAUGUGUCUGAUAUUCAAUAGAUUGUAGCUUCACAAGUUCGUGUUUGGAAUAUCGCAAUAGUUAUGUCACUAUAGUCAUUGAUAUAAAAUGUUAUUGAUAUGAAGUUUCGCUACACGAAGCACUGAACGUAGGAUACUUCUGUUAGCUUUAUCGCUCUUUGGUAAACUGGCGAGAAGUCAUGUGAGCGAAGGAAAGAGAUGAUGAUGACGUGUAAUAAUCCCUUUAUCAAGACUUAUAGGUACUUGUAUUACACUCCCUGCCUUCCUAACUGUCCAGUCUCAACUGUGGGCUCCAACUUCCACCUCAUACUUAUAUCAAAAAUUAUAUUUAAAAUUACUUAUUUAUCUUGUUAAACUUUACAAAAAUAUAACAGACCUUAUUAUAUUCGAGGUACUUAAAUUAUAUUGAGCUUUUGGAACACCAAACAAAAAUCUUAUGAAUUUAUAGAAAAUUUUAUAUGAGAAUGUUAAUUUUUGAAAAAGAAUUUUUAAUAUUGUCCAAUAGACGGUUUACCUACACGAAUACUACUAAUCUAUCUCCUGUACUGUCUAACACGUGUGCCCACAGUUAUUCUGUCACAUAACUAGAUAUAUAAAUAAAUACUUAUUAGUACAUAGUCAUUCAAGUAGAGUGACUUCUGUCUGUUCAAGGGUUUUAUGAAUUAUAUCGAAUUUUAUUCCAAAAAUAUACGUACAUAUUUUAUCUAAGUGUAUGUAUCAGUGUGAAGAGGUAUAUUACUUUUUAUUUUCUUUACAAUGUCUGAAUAAAAUGUCUAUUUGUAAGAUUAAAUGUGGUUUUACUUGUAGAAAUAAAAAUCAAAUGUACAAUAUUUCCAGGUAUUGUUUAUUUUAUAACUUUUUACAUGU